AUGGGAUUCUUCACCGGCAUGAUCCUUGGUAUCGGCAUUGGUAUCGUAUUGAUAGUCGCUUUCGCUCGUCACGAGAACGUUCGAUCCAAGCAUCGCUCCGAUUUGGCGAAGACGAUAGCAGAGUUUGCGAGGAUGACGGUGGAAGAUUCCAGAAAACUUUUGCCUCCUAAGUUCUAUCCAUCAUGGUUAAAUUGGCUUAAUACCCAACUCAGGAGGAUUUGGCCACACGUUGAUGAGGCAGCGUCAGAGUUGAUAAGAACCAUUGUGGAACCAAUUCUUGAACAAUAUAGGCCGAUUAUUUUGUCUUCUCUCACAUUCUCCAAGUUGACCCUUGGCACUGUGGCUCCACAAUUUACAGGAGUUACAAUCGUUGAAGAGCACAGUGGGCUUGAUGGGGUGACUAUGGAUCUUGAGAUGCAAUGGGAUGGUAACCCGAAUAUCGUUCUUGACAUUAAAACCCGAGUUGGUGUUGGACUUCCUGUACAGGUAAAAGAUAUUGGAUUCACUGGGGUUUUCAGGUUGAUCUUCAAACCACUAGUGAAUGAUUUCCCUGGUUUCGGAGCUAAAGAUCUGGAUUUUACUCUGAAGGUUAUUGGGGGUGAUUUAUCAGCUUUACCGGGGAUAUCUGAUGCUAUAGAGGAAACAAUUAAAGAUGCGAUUGAAGACUCUAUAACUUGGCCUGUACGCCAAAUUAUACCAAUUUUACCGGGGGAUUACAGUAAUCUAGAGUUGAAACCGGUUGGAAUACUAGAAGUAAAACUGGUGCAAGCAAAGAACUUAACAAAUAAAGAUUUGAUUGGGAAAUCCGAUCCUUAUGCUAUCCUAUUUGUACGCCCGCUUCGUGACAGAACCAAAACCAGUAAAGUAAUGAACAACCAGUUGAAUCCAAUAUGGAAUGAGCACUUUGAAUUCACUAUUGAAGAUGAGUCAUCGCAGCAUUUGACCAUAAGAAUUUUCGAUGAUGAAGGCAUUCAGGCUUCCGAACUUAUUGGCUGUGCCCAGUUUUCGCUGAAGGACCUCGAACCUGGUAAAGUCAAGGAUGUAUGGCUUAAGCUGGUUAAGGAUUUGGAGGUCCAUAGAGACAACAAGUACAGGGGUGAGGUGCACUUGGAGCUCUUGUAUUGCCCAUUUGGAGUCGAAUGCGCCAUUAAGAACCCUUUUGACCCUGAUUUCUCACUAACCUCGUUCGAGAAGACCCUCAAGACCGGUGAGGGAGAGAGUGAGGAUCCUACAGGUUCACGUAAGAGAAGCAACGUCAUUGUAAGAGGGGUUCUAUCUGUGACAGUGAUUUCAGCUGAAGACUUGCCAGUAGUAGACCUAAUGGGCAAGGCUGAUCCUUUUGUUGUCCUUAGUUUGAAAAAAACAGAAAAAAAACUCAAGACCCGAGUUGUAAAUGAAUCCCUAAACCCAGUUUGGAAUCAAACAUUUGAUUUUGUUGUUGAGGAUGGCCUGCACGAAAUGUUAAUUCUUGAAGUCUACGAUCAUGAUACGUUUGGCAAGGAAAAAAUUGGAAGAGUGAUCAUGACACUGACUAAGGUCAUCUUGGAAGGAGAAUACAAUGAAACUUAUCCUAUUGAUGGAGCUAAAUCCGGAAACAUUUCUUUGUAUUUGAAGUGGACUCCGCAGCACAAAUUCAGGGAUACUUAG